AUGGCAGAAAAUACACCCAUCAGUAAAACAAUCGAUUAUGCAUUCGACUUGGGCACUUUUGGUCGUACAAUAACUACCAACUGUCCUGAUGCUCAAAUAUGGUUCGACCGAGGUUUGAUCUGGGCCUACGCCUUCAACCACAAAGAAGCCGCAACAUGCUUUGAAAAUGCGAUCGCUCAAGAUGAAUCUUGUGCCAUGGCCUACUGGGGUCUGGCAUAUACUCUGGGUCCCAACUAUAAUCAACCAUGGGAAUUUUUUGGUGCCAACCUGGCCGAAGUCGUGAAGCGCACUUUUGACGCCUCGCGGAAGGCCCAGUCUCUCGCUGCCAACACAUCACCAAUCGAGCAGGCGCUCAUUACCGCGAUUCAAGCGCGGUACCAUAGCGACCAACCUGCCAGCAUGGAACAAUAUGCACUUCAGAACAAAGCCUAUGCAGAUGCUAUGGAAAUCGCCUACGAAAGUUUCAGUGAUGAUCUGGACGUAUCCGUUUUGUUCGCAGAUUCUCUGACCAGCAUCACUCCUUGGAAACUAUGGGACUUGGUUACUGGCGAGCCCAGCCCGGGAAGCAGAACUCUAGAAGCAAAGACUGUGCUUGAAAAGGCGUUGAAACAGCAGGCUGCCUUUCAACAUCCUGGCUUAUUGCACCUUUAUAUUCAUCUUAUCGAAAUGUCGCCCACGCCCGAACUGGGACUUGUGCCAGCAGACCAUCUGCGAGACUUGAUUCCAGAAUCGGGACAUAUGCGCCACAUGCCCUCGCAUCUGGAUGUGUUAGUGGGCGACUAUCGCGCUGCCAUCCGCGCCAAUCUGAAUGCCUGCGUUGCUGAUGAAAAGUAUAUCAAGGAAGAAGGCGUUUUUAAUUUUUAUUCCGUUUAUCGCAUGCACAACUACCACUCUCUUAUUUAUGCGGCAAUGUUUGCGGGCCAGAAGGAUGUCUCUUUGGAUGCUGUGAACCGCAUGGAAGCGACCCUUCCAGAAGAGCUCCUCGUCACAAUGGCCGACUAUAUGGAAAUUUUCAUGUCGGUUCGCUUGCACGUCAUGGUCCGCUUUGGCAUGUGGGAAGAAAUUAUCCAGCGAUCGCUCCCAAGUGACCCAGUACUAUACUCCGUCACCACGGCAAUCACUCACUAUGCUAAAGGUGUAGCAUAUGCAGCAACGAACAGGGUCUCCGAGGCCAUAGCCGAACGUGAGCUCUAUCGUGCAGCCGAGAAGCGCGUUCCGGAAACGCGCCUCGAUUGGCCCAACAAAUGCGUGGAUAUCCUAGGCGUUGCUUCGGCCAUGUUGGAUGGAGAGAUCGAGUACCGACGCGGUAACUACAACGAGGCAUUCGAACAUCUCCGCCGUUCUAUUGAAGUAGAUGACGGACUGGGGUACAGCGAACCGUGGAGCUGGAUGCAACCCGCGCGCCAUGCAUAUGCAGCCCUCCUAUUGGAGCAAGGGCACGUGGCGGAUGCGGCAGAUGUAUACCGUGCAGAUCUGGGUCUUGAUAAGUCAGUCAUGCGUUCGCGUCAGCACCCGAAUAACGUUUGGGCUUUGCAAGGGUACCAUGAGUGUUUGGUUCGAUUGGGUCGUACGGCUGAGGCACAGGUCAUUGAGCCACAGCUGAAGAUUGCUGUUGCUGUGGCCGAUGUUCCUGUGCAAUCUUCUUGCUUCUGUCGAACUGAUAUUUCCAAGGCGCCGGAAGUUGCUACCGGCUGCUCGAAUGGUGGCUGUUGUUGA